GAUCGGCUAGUCGCGUUUUGUUCGCUGACUCGAUAGCAGCGGUCGGACGCCACGGUAUAAAAACAGGCCCGUCGGCUAACCCCAUCGAUCGAUCGUUAACAAUGUUUUGAACAAAAUCGGAUUUAAGGCAACAUUGAAUUAUUUUUAUAUGAUAUUUGCAAAAUAAUACCUCUCAUAAAACCGUGAAACAGUGCAAGUAUUUCAGGACAAUCCCAAAUCCUUAAAACGACUAACAGACUUUCCAAAUUAAUAAAAGAUAACAUGAAAUGCGAUGGAGCCCACGAAGCGAUGCUCGGCAAUGACAAAUUGGCGAAAAUUGCUAAACAAAAGCAGAAAGAAUCAAAUAAACAGGACGAAUACGAAGCCCUACAGAGUUUCUUGCGCAGUAUCAGCUCAACGGCCACAUUACCGCCAUACGUCAAAGGAGAAACAUACUCUUCCGUUCGGGGUGUAUUCAAUCAGUGCCUCAUAACAUGUGCAGUGUUGAUCCUUGCCGCCGGUGCGGGUCAUCCUAUCGGUUUCUCAGCGAUUGCUCUACCACAACUGCAGCGUGAGAAUAGCUCUAUGAGAACAGACGACGAGAUGGGCUCUUGGAUCGCCAGUAUCCACUCGGCAGCUACCCCUCUCGGCUCGAUGGUGUCAGGUCCGGUGAUGGAAGCCAUCGGGCGGCGGCGGACGCUACAGUCCUGCACCGUCCCGCUGGUCGUUGGGUGGAUCAUAAUAGGAACUGCGUCGCAUCACGCUUUAUUGCUCCUUGGUAGAAUUGUCUGUGGCUUCGCUGUAGGCCUCAUGGCCGCUCCGUCACAGGUCUAUUUGGGUGAAAUAUCUGAGCCCAGAUUACGAGGUCUACUAAUUGGAACUCCGUUCGUUGCAUAUUCUCUUGGAGUGUUGUACGUUUACACCCUGGGCGGUCCCCUUAGUUGGAGGUCCGUUGCAUAUCUCUCCACUGUACUCCCAAUAUUAGCAUUUAUUGCUCUAUGCUUCUCUCCGGAAAGUCCGACAUGGUUGGCUAGAAGAGGAAGAUUCCACGAGGCCAUGGCAGCGAUGUCACGACUCCGAGGCACUACUGAAACGGCACAACGAGAACUCCAUGAAUUAAUAUCAUGUCGGGAGAAGGAGAAAGCGCGAGGGGAAGAGAAUAUCAAAUUCUUCGCAACUGUCAUUCGAUCUCCUGUGUUGAAACCACUGAUUCUGAUCAACACGUUCAACUUACUGCAGAUCCUGUCAGGAAGUUAUGUCGUUAUAUUUUAUGCCAUCAAAAUUGUUGAAGAAGCCGGCGGCUCUCUGCCGCCUGAGAUGGCAGCCAACGCAAGCGCUUUAGUAAGGUUAGCAGUGACGAUCCUCGCUUGCAUCUUGUUACUGCGGCUCACUCGUCGGACACUCGUCAUGAUUUCUGGCAUUGGAACUUCUGUCUGUACUCUGGCGUUGGCCGCCCUGCUCGCGCAAGGCCCCGGUACAGGCAUCGCGCCGCCAGUCCUGAUCCUCGCAUACGUUGGCUUCAAUACGUUAGGAUUCUUUGUACUGCCGGGGCUUAUGAUAGGCGAACUACUGCCCACCAAAGUCCGUGGGCUCUGCGGAGGCUAUAUUUUCUGUUUCUUUAAUUCAUUCCUUUUUGGUUUUACCAAACUUUACCCUGCGAUGAUGAAGAAUAUAGGAAUAGCGGCUGUCUUUGGUUUCUUCGGUAUUUCCGCUGCUCUUGCCACAAUUCUACUUUUCCUUUUAUUACCAGAGACGAAAGGGAAAUCUCUUUUACAAAUAGAACAGUAUUAUCAAAAGCCGAACAUAUUGUGGCUGUCUCGUAAAAAAACAACUGGUAGUCAAAACGUCUGAGCCAUUGUUUAUUAGUUAAAUAAACUGUGAUUGAAAUAUGUUAUUUGACAUAUUAUUGUAGGUACUUAAAAAUAUAUAUUUGUUGUGAUAAACAUAACCGCAGUGAUAUGUCAUUAACUUACAUAAAUAUAUAAAUCGUGGCAUAUGUUUAUUUGCCGCCGUGACCUUAAAGAAUAUUAUAUGGUCUUCUCGCAUUAAAACUGUAUAAUAAUCUCAAAACUUACUAAUUUUACAGGAGAGUGUUUAAAAGGUUUAAAAUGUGAUAUUUUUAAUAUUAAUCAUCUUU